ACAAGCAACUUCGAGAAAGUGAAAAAAAUCCGCGCUGGAAAAUGUCCAAGAAGUACGGUUUAAUCGAGCGGGGGUCCGAGGGUGGACAGGCGAAAAAGCAUGCCGCCUUUGCCAGCGACUCGGAUUCGGACGGUGACGGAGCGGGCAAGGUUAAGAUAGAGCUGGGCGCGAACCAAAAGCGCCAGGCGGAAGCACUACAGAAGAAAGCGAUGGCCGAAGAUCCCACCAUAUUCCAGUACGACGAGGUGUACGACGAGAUCGUGGAGAAGCGAGAAAAGGCCGCCGGCCAGGGUAAGGAGCAGGCGAAAGAACGCAAACCCAAGUACAUCGAGAAGCUGAUGGAGACGGCCGAUCGGCGCAAGAAGGAACAGGAACGCCGCUUGGAGCGGCAAGUACAGAAAGAACGAGAAGCGGAAGGGGAACAGUUUAAGGAUAAGGAAUCGUUCGUCACCUCUGCCUAUCGGGCUAAGCUGGAGGAGAUGAAGAAACUGGAAGAACGGGAACAGCGCGAAGAGUACCUCGAGUCGAUCGGCGACGUUACCAAACAAUCCGAUUUGGAUGGUUUCUAUCGGCACAUCUACGAACAGAAGACCAUGAACGCCGAAGAGAAGGAGAGCAAAGAGCGUAAAGUCGAGGCAGCGAUGGUCGCGGAAGAGAAGACCACGGAACAGGAAGAGGAAGAGGAAAAGGAGUCCGCGCCGGCCGUUCCCAAGAGUAGCCAACGUUCCCGCAAGUAUCGGAAACGAAAGUCAGACGAUGAAAAUGAGGAACAGGUGGAUUCGGUAGCACCAAAGGAACGGACACACUUGCAAUCGAAUCUGGAUGCUGACUCGGACUUUAGCAUCGAUUCCGAGAGUAGCAGCGAAGAGGAAGAGUCACCCAAAGAGCAGAAGGAAGGGGAACGCAAAAAAGAGGACGACAAAGACGAGAAAGCCAAUGCCAACCAGCAAGAGGAAUCGAAUGGUCAUGCGAAAAAAGCCGGUGACAACGGGACUGGCAAACGGGAUGAUUCCAACGAGGGCUCCGAAGAUGAUGGCGAUGCGUCUCAGGAGGAACCGGUUGCCAAAAAGCCGAAACCUCCACCGGUCGAUAUCUGGAAGAAGCGUACCGUCGGUGAGGUGUUUGAAGCGGCCCGGCAACGUUACCUCGAGAGGCGCCAGCAAGCACGGGAAGCAUGCUAAAGGGGCGGACGCAUACCGUAACUAGCAAAAGGCAGCGGCAUUUCCA